GAAGCUGAACGACUUGGCAUGUGACGCCUAAUGAAGAGUGGGAGUGCAGGUGCUUAUUACGUCUUGGAAUUCGUUAAGUCUAAGGCAGCUUCUCACGACUCUGGUUGUCGACUCCCCUCAAGCUCUUCUUUUUCAUCGAUAUCUCAUUGCUCAGGUAUCCCUGUUGCUCCUGGUGAAAUGCCCAAAGCCUCGAAAGUGUCAUCGAACUAUUGCUGUGGGGAUUACCACGCAUGUCUCAAUCAUCACCGUAGCGAGGUUCACCAACAGCAGACAACUCUGAGCUAUCCUGAUUUUGAGCCGGAUUUUACUGUCACUGUUCGGCGAGAUCGUGUUACCAAACAAUUUCAUUGCUUGAGAUGCGUGGCAGCUUACAAGGAUCCAAGAAGUUUACGAAGGCAUGCUCGGAAGAGUUGUUUAGGUUACUCGUCGCAUUUAACUGAGGAGGAUACCAAUGAUGUUGACAUUCGGGCUUCACCGUAUAGUGGGCCGAUUUUGAGAUCUCAUGAACCCCCGCAACCCAAAAUCCCAAAUGUAACACGUACACAAAGGGCUCAAAUCCGAUAUUAUCAUAGCCGAGGCCUGUGGGGCCCCAUAGAAAUCGUCAAUUACGUGGGAUGCGAAGAGAGAGGUUAUGUAUACGCGGUCAGGAAUGAUUAUGGCGACAACCUCGCCAAUGAUCCCCUGUACCUGGAGGGGAAAGUAGGAGAUAUUGUCAAUGUCGAUGAAACAAAAAUACUUGCAUUUCCGAAAGUUGAAUCGACGGGAGUGGAAGUCAGAAGUAAGCAUGAAAACAAUGACGACGUGCGUUUCAGGAGGGCAGAGUCAGAAGAGGAAGUCGAGAGUUUGUGUCUAGAGACGGUUCUUAAUCAGACACCAAGCCACAAGAUCGCUCGCUCACGCACCACAUCGUCUCUUUCAUCCCUUACCGAUUUCGAGGAGGAAAUUUCGCCCGAGGAGCUGGAUGUUGAGCAAGAAGCUCAAACCUCAGACCAAACUCCUAUGACGUUGCAGGCGAAGCGAGAGAGGCUCUCUCCGUCGCCUCAGCCCAUCAUGUCCGGAAGUUCAUCCUCGACAUUCAAUGAGCCAGCCCACGUUCCCAACCCUCCACGGCAGCCUCAGCCUUCCCCACCUAGUCUAACUACGCAGUCUGAGCCAGAAGUGCAAGUAUGCCCUGUUGCUGCCUUCCUUCAGAGUGUAAAACCUCUUCAGCCUGCCCUGUUGCCCAUUCUUCAUGAAUUUGGAGUUGUCAAUGGUGAAACGCUAGACGCUUUGGCGGCAAUGCCAAAUCUGUGGGCUGAGGCUGGUGACGAACUCAAGCGGUUGGGCAUGAAAUCUUUUGAAUGGCUUUUAAUCAAGAAUGCUUUGGAAAAGAGAGCUUCAUGUUGAAGCCCGGGUUUGACCUUGCUUUGUAUGGUCUCAGCUUUGACACCAUACAUCACGUAUAUAUCUGUUGAAUCUAGAAUAUCCGAGCCUCAGCCGUGUGUACAGUAUAACGGACUUGUAUUGUUUACCUAGAAUAUCCGAGCCUACAGUACAGUCAGAUGCUAGGUCUACUAUGCUGGCGGG